AUGAGGCCUCGCCUGCUGCUGUGGGUCGCCGCCCUGGCGCUGGCCGUCGGCCAUGGCGCCGCCCAGUGUCCCAAGAGCGGCUGCGGCAUCUGGGCUGCCACGCCGGUCGCCAGCACUCAGCCCCGCCUGUGGCGGCGCGGCCAGGGCCGGGUGACUGCCGUGCUCGCCACGAGCCAGGCCGUGCCUGACCGCCGCGCCAGGAGGCUGGAAGCGCGCCGCCGCCUGGCUGAGGCCAAGGCGGAGGCGCGCGCUGCCGAGCGGGCGGCCGAGCAGGCCGAACGGAUGGCCGAGCGGCUGGCGGAGGCUGCCGAACGGGAGGCCGAGCGGCUGGCCGACGCCGCCGAGCGAGCGGCCGAGCGACGCUCACAGAGCAGGCGGCGCGCCGCGCGCGUCAGAAGCAGAACCACCGAAAAGCCGGCGCAAAGAGUGAGCAGCUGGCGGCGUCGCCUAGCCAGACGACGCGAGGCCAGGGCUCGGGCUGAAGCGGAAAAGGCUGCAGCUGCAGCCGCCGCUGCUGCCGCUGCCGCCGCGGCUGGUGCCGGUGCCGCAUCAAAGCCAGAACCGACCGUGGCCUCAGGACCAGGCCAGACUGCUCCUUCAGGACCGGACCAGACUGCUCCUUCAGAAACAGAUCAGACUGCUCCUUCAGGACCAGACCAGACCGCUUUUUCAGGACCAGAACAGACUGCGCCUUCAGGACCAGACCAGACUGUUCCAUCAAAACCAGAACAAACCGCCCCUUCAGGACCUGAACAGAGUGCACCUUCAGGACCAGACCAGACUGCACCCUCAGGACCAGACCAGACUGCACCCUCAGGACCAGACCAGACUGCACCCUCAGGACCAGAACAGACUGCACCCUCAGGGUCAGAACAGACAGUACCUUUAGAACCAGAGCAGACUGCUCCAUCAAAACCUGAACAAACUGCUCCUUCUGAACCAGAGAAGAGUGCUGCUUCAGGAUCAGAGCAGACUGCCGUAGCCGAGCCAGACACUACCGCCAUAAAGAAGUCAGGCCCUACCAACGUAUCGGACGCCGACCCGGCCGCGGAAACGGAGCCAGACCCGGCCACCGGAUCCAAACCAGACCCAGCCACCGGAUCCAAGUCAGACCCGGCCGCCGGAUCCAAGUCAGACGCAGCCGGAAGCUCCAAGUCGGACGCAGCCGGUAGCUCCAAGUCGGACGCAGCCGGUAGCUCCAAGUCAGACGCGGCCGGUAGCUCCAAGUCAGACGCGGCCACCGGAUCCAAGUCAGACCCGGCCGGUAGCUCCAAGUCAGACGCGGCCGCAGCAACUGAGCCAGGAUCUGAUGCUGCUGCUGCUGACUCUUCUAAGCGCGCAGCAAAAUCCCGUACUACCAAACGAGCUAAGCUCUAA